AUGUCCCGUCAAGCCAAAUCAUGCGCCCGCUGCAGGCAACAAAAAGUCCGCUGUGACCGCGUCGCUCCACGGUGUUCGCGAUGCACCUCCUCCAAGACAGGUUGCUCGUUCUCUGAGCCGGCGCCGUCACAUCAAGACCCUGCGUCCAACUCUCCUCCUCCACCAGCAUGGACACCCUCGGACAGUACCACAUCACAGGAUUUCUCCUUCUCUCUCCCACCCAGCCCACUUCUCUGGCUGGAUGAAAAUGCUGGGAAUUCAUCACACGAAUGUCAAAUCGAACCAGAGUCCGCUGGCGCCAACACCAAUGGCAGCAACAUCAAAGUUAAGAGAAAGAGACGCCGCGCAUGCCUGUCCUGCGUCCGCUGCCAUCGACUUAAAGUAAAGUGCGACAAAAAGGAGCCGUGCACGCGGUGUCGACUAUCCGGUUGGGGCAAACAAUGCGAAUACACGCAUAGGAUAGAGUCAAACGGCGAGGCAUUGUCCAAUGCUCCUUCGCCGUAUGUCUUGACAGAGGAAGAUCCGCAGGUUGCGCUGGCGACGUGGCAUUCCCGGCAUCGAGGUCUAAGUCACUGGCGGAAUUUACUAUCCAAGCUCGGCUCCAUUGCACAAGUCAACUCCAUGCCCAACCUCGCCACCGACGAAGUUAUCCGACGCAACCACAGCACAGCAUGUGGCAUCAUGUUGCCUGAUAAUUUCCCCUUCAACAGCCCACGCGCCGCGCCAUUCUUGUGUAUCGAAAAGGUUCGCUCGCUAAUCGACUCGCAUCGUGGUGACUGUGACAGGUUCAUCAAUAGCUACAUGAACAUAUAUCAGAUUGUUCACCCUAUCAUCGACGAGGAGCAAUUUCGAGACCGCGUCUCUGCCUACUGGGACGAUCCUAGCUCCGUAGAUGUAGCUUGGCUCAGCCAGUUUCUCAUGGUCCUCGCCCUGGGGCAACUCAUCGUCACGAAAAGGACUGCGCCGACGGUGGAACUGUGCAUGGCAGCAGAAGCAUGUCUUGCCAAGACGCCGUUUAUGCUGCGGCCAAACAUAUCGACAAUGAGGACCAUGUGUCUCAUGGUGCUGGCGAAGUUGACUACGAAUGCGACAUGUUGGUCCUUUGACGCUUGUUGGAACCUACUGGGGUUUGUGGUGAGAUUGGCCAUCUGCCUGGGCUUUCAUCGACGCGAUCCGCCAGCGCAUUCGUCAUCCGUAGUGUAUCAAGAUUGGGAGUCAGGCAAGAUUAUCUGGAGUACAUUGCUAUACUUCAAUAUCCAAGUGGCCAUGAUUUCAGGCAUGCCAUCAUGCAUAUCCAUGGACGAUAUCUCCUCGCAUGACGUGCCCUGGGACUUUGCGCCUCUCGACACAGCAACCGCGGCAUGGCACAGCAUCAUACACUCAUCGUGUCCGACCAUCGUCAAGAUUAUAUCCCGAGUCAACGCCAGCACAACUCUGCCUUCAUACGAGGAAAUUCUCGAGUACAGCACGCAAAUUCGACAAUGUAUGAGCUUACUGGACCGUGCGCAAGGGCCCCAGGCGCUCCGCAUCACACUGGACAUGUUUUUCCGCCGCGUUCUGCUCGUACUACACCGUCGUCAUGCCCUUGAAGCUGAUGCGCCAACCAAAUAUCCUGUCUCGUACUGGGCUUCCCUUGAGUGUAGUCUUGCGCUACUUGUCCACCAGCACGACUUGUAUGAUGAGGAACAAGCCCCCGAGGGUACAGAUUUAUUGUUCCGUCUGUAUAUGUUGGAUGUAUUUGCCGCAGCGGUAACCGCCACGAUACACUUGCUUAGAAAAGAUGCUCCCCUGGCAGCGGGGUUCGCAAUCCCACCGAGGCAAACUAUUCUCGAGACACUGCAGGCUUGUACGGAUUUGUGGGCAAAUGAGACUAUUCAGAGUCCUUGUUUCAAGAUUGGCCACGCCUUGUUGAAUCGGAUCGUGGAGGCAUUGGUUGAGGGAACUGCAUCACUUCCUUGA